GGCCGCACAUAACCACUCCCCCGGCUAGUCGAUAGCAGCAGCACCAGGACGCUUUUACCAGUGGGAGAUCACCUCCGUUCUCCUUCUCGCUGCUCCCCCCGAGCCAUGGCGACGGUCAAGUCCUCUGUGCAACAUCCCUCUACAAGGACGGCCGCCUUCACACCCUGCGGGGAGCCUUCCCAGAGUCUCCUAUCCGUCGUCGCUAUUUCAUUCCCCUCGCCCACACACCUCAAAUCGAAUUCACCCAUCCUCUACUCGUGCGGUCAGAACCACUGGACCAGAUACGUUCGGUCUGGAUGGGUUUUCUCCUUACUAUCUGUUUGUCGCGCAAAGCGUAUGUUGUCCCCUUCAAUGAUGAGUUCCGGAGGGUGCAACAGUUGUGUUGCGGUACCCUUUGGGGUAGAGGACCGCCUGCACAAAUGCAUUCAGUUGUGCAUGGGCCUUUGUCUACCCCGGCACAUCAGAGCGUCACAACAGCGCCGUCGUUCAAUCAGACUAGUCCAUCCUCCGAAGCUGCAGCUGCUAGCGCAUUCAUAUUACCUUUUCACUUCGGCAACAUAUUGUGAAUGGCAUUUACUCCUGCGGCAGAUAUUUUGGACGGGGAGUCGUCGGAUGACAUGGCGGAACCGCAGUGGACAUACACUUGAUCAGGCUAUGCGGACGACACAGAGUCUAUGCUCGUGGCAUGCGAAGCCCAGGAACAGAGCAUACAACGAGCGGAUCUCCAUACUCUGCGAAACUUGCAGCGGUUAGAUGCGCAGGCAAUGAUUGAUGGUACGUCUUCGCGUGUCGCAUCUUGUCGGCCGGCGGGUUU